GUUGUCUGGGAAUCGAAAAACGACACGUGGACACAACGGAAUUACAAAAAGAUGCUUGAUGGACUAGUAAAUGUAAAGCCCAGGAGGAGAUUCACUGGCUUUGAUGGCUCGUCGGCUGUUUCUCCUCAUCCUCGCCGUCACGGCGGAGUUGAGCCUGAAUGUAGCCACCGCGGGAGCCGUCGGCGUAAAUUGGGGGACGGAAGCGUCGCACCCUCUUCCGCCUUCGAAGGUUGUAGAGCUUCUGAAAUCCAACAGCAUUGCCAAGGUGAAGCUCUUCGAUGCCGACCCAAAAGUUCUCCGAGCUCUCUCUGGUUCUAAUAUUGGUGUCACUGUCGGAAUCCCUAAUUCCAUGGUUAAGAGCUUGAAUGCAUCCAGAAAGGUUGCAGAGAGCUGGGUCCAUGACAAUGUCACUCGUUACUUCAAUGGUGGAAACAGAGUUCGAAUCGAGUACGUAGCAGUUGGAGAUGAGCCAUUUCUCCAGAGCUAUGGCAAUCAGUAUAGGCCUUUUGUCAUUGGAGCAGCUAUGAACAUCCAAAAUGCUUUAGCUAAGGCAAGCUUGGCUAGUGAAGUGAAGGUCGUAGUGCCUUCCAGCUUUGACUCCUUUCUUUCUAAAUCUGGUAGACCGUCUUCAGGACACUUCAGGGCUGACCUCAACAAGACAAUGAUCGAACUCCUCUCCUUUCUCACAAAGCAUCACUCUCCCUUCUUUGUCACAAUCUCUCCUUUUCUAAGCUUUCACCAGAACAAGAACAUCUCCCUCGACUUUAGCCUCUUCAAAGAAACAGCACAGGCUCACAAAGAUGGACGUAAAACCUACAGAAACAGCUAUGAUCUGAGCUACGACACACUUGCGUCUGCAUUGUCCUCAAUUGGAUUCUCAGAUGUGGAUAUCGUCGUCUCAAAGAUUGGUUGGCCUACAGAUGGAGCAGCCAAUGCCACAUCACCUACUGCUGAGGUCUUCUUGAAAGGACUGAUGGGUCACUUGGAGAAAAAGACGGGUUCUCUGCUGCGUCCACCAAUUGAAACCUACAUUGGAAGCCUCUUGGACGAAGAUCAGAGAAACAUAUCUUCUGGGAACUUUGAGAGACACUGGGGAGUAUUCACAUUCGAUGGUCAAGCCAAAUACGGUUUCAGUUUCAACCAUAAUUCGAAGAAACUGGUUAACGCGCAGAACGUUCAGUACCUUCCUCCCAAGUGGUGUGUGGUGAACAAUAACAAGGACUUGUCAAACGCAUCAGCAAGAUUAUUAGAAGCGUGUGCUGUCGCAGACUGCACAUCGAUACUUCCUGGCGGGACGUGUGCAGGCAUCGGAUGGCCAGGCAACGUCUCAUACGCGUUCAAUAGCUUGUAUCAGCAAAAUGAUCACAGUGCAGAAAGCUGCAGCUUUGGUGGACUUGGUCUGAUCACUACAGUUGAUCCUUCCGUGGAUAAUUGCAGGUUCUCGAUUCAACUUGAUACUUCUCAUUCAUCUUCCCAAAAUCCUAUUUUCUGUCAGCGUUGGCCUCUCCUCUUGUUGUUAUUCCUACUGUCUGGACUCUUUUAAAGCACAAAUUUUGGAUUUGCCUCA